AUGGGUAAGAAGCCCAGGGUCCUCUUGCAGUUAAGCGCCUCCUUCUCGGCCUCCUCCACAUCAUGGCUUUCAGAUUCAUCACCAGCCUCCAAACCUCACCACCUCACCGGCGCUGGCCACCCAUGGGAGACAAGGAUCAUUAUAUCACAGCCUGGAUGUAAUACUGUGCUUUUGUACCUAAUUGGUGCCAACAUGCAGGCACUUCAAUCUCUUACUUAUGGAAUGAAAGGUGGAAGCAAAGCCGUGUCGGCAAUGAUAAGUGCACACUCAGAAAUGGAACCAAUCAAAGAGAUAAAUGUCAUGACAGAAUUUUGGAAGCACUCAACUCAGCUGGACAUGAUGGCAAUAAUAUUGAGACCUUGCUGA